ACGCGUGAACGAGACCGUUUCUGAAUGAUUUUUAAAAAUUGUCCGAGGAUCAUAAUAAUUGACGCGGACGUUUUUUGGAUAUGUUUUGAAAUUGUGUCAGGUCCGUGUGAAAGACUAGAAGCGAUCUGAAUGGGAAAAAUUUAAAAAUAAGAGAGGAAUUCAAGACAUUCGUGAAAAGGGGCCGGAAGGUGGCGGAUGGAGUAAAGUACGGCAGCGCUAUCUGCGUCGUUGGGACGAGCAAGCGUGGCGAGCGUGGCUAAUCAAAGCACCAAAAGGAAAAUGAGCAGCUCCGAGGAGGUGUCUUGGAUUUCGUGGUUCUGCAAUCUUAGGGGUAAUGAAUUUUUCUGCGAGGUUGACGAGGACUACAUUCAGGACAAAUUUAAUUUGACCGGAUUGAAUGAGCAAGUACCGCAUUAUAGGCAAGCGUUAGAUAUGAUUCUUGACCUCGAACCUGCGUAUUUGUAUUCCGUAGAUGAGGAAUUGGAUGGCCAUCAGAAUCAGCCUGAACUUUUUGAACAAGCAGCAGAGCUACUGUACGGAUUGAUUCACGCGCGUUACAUUCUCACUAACCGCGGCAUUGCUCAAAUGAUAGAGAAAUACCAAGCGGGAGAUUUCGGUCACUGUCCGCGCGUAUAUUGCGAGGCACAGCCGAUGCUGCCAUUGGGUCUCAGCGACGUUCCUGGAGAAGCAAUGGUAAAGAGUUAUUGUCCCAAAUGCAUGGACGUUUACACUCCGAAAAGUUCCCGACAUCAUCACACCGACGGGGCUUAUUUCGGAACCGGAUUUCCCCACAUGCUGUUCAUGGUACAUCCGGAGUACAGACCCAAACGUCCGAUAAAUCAAUUUGUACCUAGGUUAUACGGUUUUAAAAUUCAUCCUCUAGCAUAUCAGUUCCAACAUCAAUCUGCGUCUACGUUCAAAGCACCGCCGUUGCGAUCUGUUACUGCUUACAACAAUGGGAAACGUUAAGAACAUUGCAACAUAGUUUAGAACAUUUUUUCAUUACUCGAAAUACAAUUCCUAAUUUCGUCCCUAAGAA